AGGCCUGGCGCGGUGCACGCCGGGACAAACUUCCGGUUCCGGUUCCUCACGGAGGUGGCGGUGGAAGCUUCAUUGUUCUGUGCCGGUGUUUCUCUCGCAGGCGGCAGCCCCCCCUCUCUCUGACCGGCGCCAUGGCGAUGCAAGCGGCCAAGCGAGCCAACAUUCGGCUGCCUCCUGAAGUCAAUCGGAUCCUGUAUAUUAGGAACCUGCCAUAUAAAAUCACAGCAGAGGAAAUGUAUGAUAUUUUUGGGAAAUAUGGGCCUAUUCGACAAAUCAGAGUUGGGAACACUCCUGAAACCAGAGGAACAGCCUAUGUGGUCUACGAAGACAUCUUUGAUGCCAAAAACGCUUGUGAUCACCUGUCAGGAUUCAACGUCUGCAACAGAUACCUCGUCGUUCUGUACUAUAACGCAAACAGGGCAUUCCAAAAGAUGGACACAAAGAAGAAAGAGGAACAGCUUAAGCUUCUCAAGGAAAAAUACGGAAUUAAUACAGACCCACCAAAAUAAACUGAGCUUUUCAGAAAACUGUUCUUAAGCCCUGCUCUUCAGUUUUUGAACUAAACACAGGAAUGCUCGAUGAGUAUAGCUCACUUUUGUUAAAUUUCACAAACUGUAAUUUGACUCUUUCAAUCUCCAGAUUAGAAUUAAGUAAGUGUAAAACAGCAGAAGAUUUGCUGCAAGAUCAAAUCCCCCGGAGUGGACACAGCUUCUCCGUGUUUGAAUAAGGGUGACCUGGCAAAUGCUGCACAACCACAUCCUGUUUCAUGAUGUGACUGAGCCUGUUGAAUGUUUAACCCCUUCUGAAGUUCUGCCUGGUCUUGCAGCCAGAGAGCUCAAGGGCUCGGAAUGAGCUGUCUACAUGGAGGUGAAUCUUGGUGCCUCCUGAAAACGAAGUAUUGCCACUCAUCUCCCUGCCACAGGGAGGUCUGGGCUUCCUUUAAAUAGUAUGGUUUGAUAGUUCAUCACACCUGUAUAUAUUGUAGCCAAUUUAUUGCGCUUUUCUCCCUCUGGGAAUGUUUGAAGGAGCCUAAUUCUAUUACAUGAUUGUUAGGCUGCUGUUUAUUAGUAACAAAGUGAGCACAAAUCCAUGUUUAUAGCAAAGUCUCUUUUAUAAACUAUAGAAAACAAAUGACCUUUUAAAAUCAUCCAGCUGCUUAGGUGACCAGUCCAAACUGCUUGUUCCCAGUGACAGAGAGGAACCUGCUAAGCUGCAGUGAAAUAACCUUGCUCUAAUGGUGUGUUGCUGCAUGGCUGACUUAGAGGAAAAGGAGAUUGUUAUUGGGUGUCCUAGGUUUGUUCUGGGAUUAAUAGGAGUGGUAGGAAUAUGCUGAAUGCCUUUUAAUGCUCAGUAGAGAGCGGGUGACCAAAAUGAGAGUAGGUGAUGAUGGUAAUUUUAGACCUCUGUCCUGCCGUUGUUUUCUACUCAAUGUGUUUCAACUGUAAUAUAUUUUGUAUCCAUAAAUUUGAGGUGUAGUCUCUGGUGGAGGAAAAAGCAUUUACAUUUUCUGGCUCUUUUGUUCUGUGCUCAUGUCCUGUGAAUAAAAUCAUUGUGAUACAGAGACUGCAUAGCCUGUGUGCUUUGGAAACAGCAAAGAAAAACGCCUGCCUCUGUUCUGAAGCAGUCGCAUGAACGUCUGCAGCAUCCUGCCCCUCCGGAGGGUUUGCAUGCUUGGAUGUGAUGUUUACCUCCCUGACCAGCAAGCUCCCAGCCAGCACAGAACCUGGACAGAUGCAAACGUCCUUUGCCUGAGGGUUUGUCAUUUAAGUUAAUUUUUUUUUUUCAAUGUGUUAUACUAUCAUAAAGGAAUGUUUCCAUUUUCGUAUCCUUAGAUCCUCAUGGAAAUUUGUCGCUUUAAAAGACCCCAUGCUGUUCUUGUGGCCAUUUAGUAAA